UAACCUUAAUCACAUUUUGCAGGAAAUAAUAACACUGUAGCUCUUUGAUUAGAUUACUAUGAGGUAAUCACGAUGCGACUGUUAGGUAUCCCAGAGAUCUCCACGCAUCGACGCGCCCAAGGAAUCAAUGGUCCCUUUUCUUUACAUGUGCCCGCCUGUUCCAUUUCUUCUCCAGGAUUUUUGUUGUGGCCAGUCUUACUGGUUAGCAUUUCUGUGAGCGCAGUGGAACCAAUCCCUUUGUACAACCUCUUCUCCAAUGCCGUCAUCCGGGCACAGUACCUGCACCAGAUGGCUGCUGACAUCUACAGGGAAUUUGAGGGCAGCCUUCCACCUGACGUCUACAGACAACUCAGCAAGAUCGCCCCAUUGGCCGCAUGCUACUCCAACUCCAUCCCCAUCCCCACUGGGAAAGAUGAGACUCAGGAAAAAUCUGAUGGCUACUUGCUACACAUCUCCUCUGCCUUGCUCCAGUCUUGGAUGGACCCACUCAAGACCCUCAGCAAGGCCUUCCCAAACAGCUUAAUGUUUAGGACCUCCAUCAGGAUCUCCGAGAAGCUGGAGGACCUGAAUGAGGGUGUAACUGAGUUAAUCAGGGUGGUGGGUGACGGUGGUGCGCACACAGACGGGUCGAGGAGGCUUAGCUAUGAAAACUUUGACGUGAUCCCGGGGAACGAUGAAGAACUUCAAUCUCUGAUGAAGAACUACGGGCUGCUGACGUGCUUCAAAAAGGACAUGCACAAAGUGGAGACCUACCUGAGGGUCACAAAGCGCAGACGCUUCAUCGAGAAUUAG